GCUUCUGUUAGUUUUAAUGCAAGAGAGAAACAGCCGCCUCAGCUUUUCCAGCCCUGGGCUAACAGCAGCCCUCUUUCUUUUGGAUUUUUCCAGUUUUGUUUUGUUAUUUGUUUUCCUCUCUGCUGGUGUGGCUUUGGCAGGAAUCAUGAGGACGGAGUCUCGGUUUGGAGGCUGGUAUUCCAGCCGCUGCUGUUUUUGCUGUCAUGUCCGCACUGGGACAAUCAUUCUGGGAACAUGGUACAUGCUGAUCAAUGGUGUGGUGCUGCUGAUUUUGUUGUCUGCCCUCAGUGACCCAGAACGGUACUACCUGACCCAUGCUGAACUCGGCACUGACUUUGACCUCACCGAUGAUGCCAAUAUCUGCAUCGCUACUGCCGUUUCUCUCCUUAUGAUAACGAUCUGUGGAAUGGCCACUUAUGGCGCAUAUAAGCAACUCAGUGCAUGGAUCGUCCCAUUCUUCUGUUACCAGAUCUUUGACUUUGCCCUCAAUACUCUUGUAGCCAUCAGUGUGGUCAUCUAUCCAAACUCUAUUCAAGACUACCUGCGACAACUGCCUGCUAAUAUCCCCUACAAGGAGCACCUUAUGUCAAUGAACCCAGCGUGCCUGGUGUUUGUUGUUCUUUCCUUCAUUGGCAUCAUUCUGGCCUUUAAGGCCUACCUAAUUGGCUGCGUCUGGAACUGCUACAGAUACAUCAAUGGCAGACGCUCAGCAGAUGUUUUAGUCUACGUCACCAAUGACACUGCGAUCCUUUUGCCACCCAGUGAUGAAGCUGUAACGAUGCCUACCAAAGGUCCACCUCCACCUUAUAUGUCAGCUUAAAGACCACAAGAACAACCACCACCCACACAAGGAUUGAAACAAUCUUUACAUGCACACUGACCGACCAACAACUAUUUCAAACCUUUCCUGAAGAAGGGCUUAUGCUCGAAACGUCGAUUCUCCUGUUCCCUGGAUGCUGCCUGACCUGCUGCGCUUUUCCAGCAACACAUUUUCAGCUCUGAUCUCCAGCAUCUGCAGACCUCACUUUCUCCUCAACUAUUUCAAACAUACUUGUAUUCCAUUGUGAAAAACAUUUGCAUUAUCCUGGGAGUGAAACUUUCUAGAAACAGGAUUUGUUUUUUGUUGUUGGGUAUUUUGGGUAUAGCUGUCAGGAGUAAGAUUCAAGAGCAUUGAUUUGCAUUUUAUUCAUUUGUUGUAAUGUUUAAAAUGAGAACUUGCCACUUAACAUUGGUUAUAAAUCCCAGUCACUAAAAUCUCAGAGAUUAUUGUACUCAGUUAAAAACACAAGUAUGAUUGAGGAAAUAAACCACAUUCAGUGUUUAACAGAGAACCAGGUUUAUCGGUAGGUAACUCUGAGCACUUUCUCUAAUUGUUGUUGUGGUUUAAAAUAGAUUAUAUUUUGUUAGUAAAAGCUGUGCUUACAUACAUUCCUUUUCAACCUUGUCCUUCGCCUGAGGUAUGGUGACCCUCAGAUUAAACUCACCACUAGUCAUCUCUCUCCUAUGAGAAUCCAGACCUAUGCUCCUCUGAGACUAUGGAGACUUGACCUUUACAGCAAUGUAACUGUUCUACAAAAAGAUACAAUUGUUGACCUUCUAAUGAUUAUUAGACAAGGGUAACAUUUCAUUGAAUCAAGGCCACUCAGUUCUAACUCUUUGAAAAGAUGCUAUCCCACUCCCUGUUUUUUCCCCAAUAGCCUUGGAAAUUUCUUUCUCUUCAAAUAAUUAUCCAAUUUCCUUUUAAAAAGUUAUUAUUAUGGUAAUUAAGCUAUUAUCAUUUGCUCGGCAAAAGUGAGGAUGCAGAUGCUGGAAAUCAGAGUCGAGAAUAGAGUGGUGCUGGAAAAGCACAGCAGG